AGUUUUUUUUAGAAUGGCAUGGGAAUAAAAUUUCAGCUUGCGGGUGGUCGGGCAAAUACUCCCAAACAUAAACAAAAUCAAAACCAGUUAUCCUCUGCGAUUCACAGAAGAAAACACAAAGCAAAAACCUAACAUCAAUGGCUCCGAAUUUGGAAUGUCGAAUGUACGAGGCACGGUACCCAGAAGUAGACAUGGCAGUGAUGAUACAGGUCAAGAACAUAGCCGACAUGGGUGCUUACGUUUCACUCCUCGAAUACAACAACAUCGAGGGUAUGAUUCUGUUCUCUGAACUCUCUCGCCGUCGAAUUCGUAGUGUCAGUAGUCUCAUCAAGGUGGGUAGAAUUGAACCGGUGAUGGUUCUUCGUGUUGAUAAGGAAAAGGGUUACAUCGAUCUCAGUAAACGUAGGGUUUCUGAAAAAGAUAUUCAAGCUUGUGAAGAAAGGUAUAAUAAGAGUAAACUUGUUCACUCUAUUAUGCGUCAUGUUGCUGAAACCUUGAACCUCGAUUUAGAGGACCUUUGUAUUCACAUUGCUUGGCCUUUGUACCGCAAAUAUGGACAUGCCUUUGAGGCGUUCAAAAUAGUUGUGACUGAUCCUGAUACAGUUUUGAGCAGUCUUAUGCGGGUAAUUAAGGAAGUUGGUCCUGAUGGACAAGAGGUGACCAAGGUGGUACCUGCUGUUUCUGAAGAAGUGAAGGAUUCUCUAGUGAAGAACAUUAGAAGACGAAUGACUCCUCAGCCAUUGAAAAUCAGGGCAGAUAUUGAAAUGAAAUGUUAUCAGUUUGAUGGAGUUAUUCACAUUAAGGAGGCAAUGCGGAAGGCUGAAGCUGCUGGAAAUGAGGACUGUCCUGUGAAAAUUAAACUUGUUGCUCCCCCACUUUAUGUGCUUACCACUCAGAUUCUUGACAAGGAGCAAGGAACAUUGGUUCUCAACAAUGCCAUUACCUGCUGCACUGAAUCAAUAGAAAAACACAAAGCGGUGAGUGAACGCGAUGAUAAACUGCUUGCUGAGCAUAUGGCUAAGCUACGCCAAGACAACAAAGAGGUCAGUGGCGAUGAAGACAGUGAAGAGGAAGAAGAUACUGGAAUGGGUGCGGUUGAUGUGGACAAUGAUACAAAUUUCAAGCGUGUAGGGAAAAUGAAAAUCGCGAAAACGGCGAUUCUUGUUCUACUAAUAUCGUUCCUUUCAGUUUUGCACUUCUCAAACGCUGAAGAAGAAGCUUUUGAUGUUCGCAAACAUCUCUCUACUGUAUCCAGGUACGGAGUUGUGAAAGACAUUACUGACAAGAACUUCAUUCCUUCUAAAAUUCCUGAAGGAUGCACUCCAAUACAUUUAAAUCUAGUGGCAAGGCAUGGGACCCGUUCUCCUACAAAGAAAAGAAUAAAGCAGUUGGACAAUUUGUCAGCCCAUUUGGAAGUUCUUAUAAAGGAUGCAAAAGAGAAACAUUUGUCUUCGGAGAGAAUUCCUACUUGGUUGAAUGGAUGGAAAUCUCCUUGGCAAGGAAAGCUUAAGGGCGGUGAGUUAAUUAGAAGAGGAGAGGAAGAAUUAUAUGCUCUUGGAAUCAGGGUUAGAGAUAGGUUUCCAAGUUUGUUUGAUGAGGAUUACCAUCCAGACAUAUAUCCUAUAAAGGCAACUCAGAUUCCCCGAGCAUCAGCUAGUGCUGUCGCAUUUGGAAUGGGUAUUUUCAGUGGCAAUGGAACUCUUGGACCUGGGGAGCACAGAGCCUUUUCUGUUAUAAGUGAAAACCGUGCUAGUGACACCAUGCUGAGAUUUCAUGAAUGUUGUCAAAACUACAAGGAUUUCAGGAAAAGGCAGGAGCCCGCAGUUGAUAAACUUAAGGAACCUACCUUGGAUGAGAUUACAUCUGCAUUAGUUGGGCGUUAUGGACUGAAUUUUACAAGGCAGGUUACAGCAUCUCUUUGGUUCUUAUGUAAAGAGGAAGCAUCCUUGUUGGAUAUAACUGAUCAAGCUUGUAGUCUUUUCAGCCCAUCUGAGAUUACAUUGCUGGAGUGGACAGAUGACUUAGAAAUGUACAUUCUGAAGGGUUAUGGUAAAUCAAUAAAUUAUAGAAUGGGGAUGCCAUUACUUGAAGAUGUUGUUCAAUCCAUGGAGCAAGCUAUCAUGGCUAAAGAAGAAAAACAUGUGCCUGGCAGCUUUGAAAAAGCAAGACUUCGGUUUGCACAUGCUGAAACUGUAGUCCCAUUCUCAUGUCUGCUUGGUUUAUUUCUUGAAGGGUCUGAGUUUGACACAAUCCAGAAGGAGAUACCUUUGGCAUUUCCUCUAAAGCCUCCACAGAAAAGAAAAUGGAGGGGUAGCAUUGUGGCUCCUUUUGCUGGUAACAACAUGCUGGUCCUGUAUAGAUGUCCUGCGCCAGACAAAGCUAGAAGCAAGCACUUUGUGCAAGUGCUGCACAAUGAACACCCCAUUCCAAUGCCGGGUUGUAAUGGUUCUGAUUUCUGUCCAUUUGAAGUAUUCAAGGAAAAAAUAGUUGCUCCUCAUCGGAAGCAUGACUACGAUACAGUCUGUAAUGCAAAGCUAGAGCAGAAGCCCUCGGGCAGCAAGAUAUUCCAAAUACUUCAGUGGUUUUUUCAACUAGGGAAAGGUGACAAGUACCCCAAAGAUGAAUUUUAGUUUGUUUUCUGGAAAGGAGUCUGAGAUCAAUUCUCAAGUCCUUUUUUGGCAGUACCACUAAACAAAUUUCAGGCAAAGCACGAUUUCCUUCUAGCAGAGUACAUCGAUUUGAAUGCCUAUGCAAAAAUGCCUUUGGUAUCUUAAGUUUGGUGUUCAAGCCACCCUGUUCUGUAGCUUGUAACCCCGGAGAGUUUUGGAGAUGGAAUGAAGAGUUCUAGAUAUUAGUUUCAUUUUCUCCGCGAGAGUCUUAAUCUCAGCACUUUACACAUGUGAUGUAGGUUAAUGUUUCAUGUUUCACACUUUUGCCAUUUCAGUUUUUUUUUUCUCUUUUGGUAUAGUGGAUAUUAAUUAAAGUGGCGAUCUUCUGAUUUCUUGUAAUGAUCCAACUUUUGUUUGUUUGUUGAAUGAUUGUGUAGCAGUUUUAGAUGAAUGAUGAUAUCAUUUGAGAAAUCAUGUAAAGCCAUUGCUUUUGAAACGGCUAAAUUGAAGUGUUUAUUUUACGUGUGCUA